ACGGAAGUUUACACAGAAUAGCGAAUCAGACACAUCCAAUGAAUUUCCAUGGAAUGCUCAUUGGAAAAGAAAUUACAACACAUUGGCGGUUGGAUAGUGCAAUCGACGCUAUAUAUAACACGUCAAUUUCCGAACAAGAGUGAAAAGAAAAUCAAUAUUUUCCCCCAUUUCUGCAGGAAACCGUCGAAAUAGCCCGGAAAAUCUGCAAUUGAUUGCAUUCCGUAGAGAGAGCGAGGAGCGACAAGCAAGAUGGCACCAGUUCGUGGCGAUGGAAUGAGGGGGCUUGCGGUCUUCAUAUCGGACAUCAGAAACUGCAAAAGCAAAGAGGCAGAGAUAAAGCGAAUAAAUAAGGAGUUGGCGAAUAUUCGGAGUAAAUUCAAGGGCGAUAAGACCCUCGAUGGGUACCAGAAGAAGAAGUACGUGUGCAAGUUACUCUUCAUCUUCCUCCUUGGGCAUGACAUCGAUUUUGGGCACAUGGAAGCCGUUAAUCUCCUCUCGUCCAACAAAUACUCCGAGAAACAGAUCGGCUACCUCUUCAUCUCGGUGCUUGUAAAUACAAACAGUGAGCUGAUCAAGCUCAUCAUUCAGAGCAUCAAGAAUGAUCUGCAGUCGCGCAAUCCUGUCUUUGUCAACCUAGCACUGCAGUGUAUUGCUAAUAUUGGGAGUCGUGACAUGGCGGAUGCAUUUUCCAAUGAAAUCCCGAAGCUUCUUGUCUCUGGGGAUACAAUGGACGUGGUGAAGCAAUCAGCUGCCCUGUGUCUCCUACGACUCUAUCGCACGUGUCCGGAUAUAAUUCCCGGCGGUGAAUGGACCAGUAGGAUUAUUCAUUUGCUUAAUGAUCAGCAUAUGGGUGUUGUGACAGCAGCCACGAGUCUCAUUGAUUCGUUGGUGAAGAAGAAUCCCGAAGAGUACAAGGGAUGCGUGAGUUUGGCCGUAUCGCGUCUCUCGCGCAUUGUUACGGCAAGCUAUACGGAUUUGCAGGAUUACACGUAUUACUUUGUCCCAGCGCCAUGGCUGUCGGUGAAGUUGCUGCGUCUGCUGCAGAAUUAUAAUCCAGUGACGGAGGAUCCGGGUGUCCGGGGGCGCUUGAAUGAGUGCCUCGAGACGAUUCUCAAUAAGGCACAAGAGCCGCCAAAGAGUAAGAAGGUGCAGCAUUCAAAUGCAAAGAAUGCCGUUCUCUUUGAGGCAAUCAACUUGAUUAUACACAGCGACAGUGAUGCCAAUCUCCUUGUGCGCGCAUGCAAUCAGUUGGGGCAGUUUCUGAGUAAUCGCGAAACGAAUCUUCGGUACCUGGCGCUUGAGUCAAUGUGUCAUCUCGCCACGUCAGAGUACUCCCAUGCUGCGGUGAAGAAGCAUCAGGAGGUGGUGAUUUUGAGUAUGAAAAUGGAGAAGGAUGUUUCGGUGCGUCAGCAAGCGGUGGAUCUGCUGUAUGCUAUGUGCGAUCGCAGCAAUGCCGAGGAGAUUGUUCAGGAGAUGCUCAACUACUUGGAGACAGCUGAUUACUCCAUUCGCGAGGAGAUGGUCCUCAAGGUGGCGAUUCUGGCUGAAAAAUACGCCACAGACUACACAUGGUAUGUGGAUGUUAUUCUCAAUCUCAUCCGCAUUGCUGGGGAUUACGUGAGUGAGGAGGUGUGGUAUCGUGUCAUCCAGAUUGUCAUUAAUCGCGAAGAGGUGCAGGGGUAUGCGGCAAAGACGGUGUUUGAGGCCCUCCAGGCGCCGGCGUGUCAUGAGAAUAUGGUCAAGGUGGGUGGGUACAUUCUCGGGGAAUUUGGGAAUCUCAUCGCUGGGGAUUCCCGAUCGGCGCCAAUGGUGCAAUUUAAGUUGCUCCACUCGAAAUAUCAUCUCUGCUCCUCAAUGACGCGUGCUCUCCUUCUCUCCACCUACAUCAAGUUCAUUAAUCUCUUCCCGGAGAUUCGUAGUACAAUUCAGGAGGUUUUCAAGCAGCACAGCAAUCUCCGGUCAGCCGAUGCGGAACUCCAGCAGCGUGCCAGUGAGUACCUCCAAUUGAGUAUUGUGGCAUCAACGGAUGUCCUUGCCACGGUCCUGGAGGAAAUGCCGUCAUUCCCCGAAAGGGAGAGCUCCAUUCUGGCCGUGCUGAAGAAGAAGAAACCCGGACGGGUGCCGGAGAAUGAAAUCCGGGAGAAUAAGAGCCCCAUUCCGGUGACAAACAAUACGCAGCACAAUAGCAAUCAUACAUCGAACAGUACCAAUGCGGAUCUCCUUGGAUUGAGUACUCCCCCCUCGGGGAAUCAUGCAAACAAUCAGGGGACCCUCAUUGAUGUUCUCGGGGACAUCUACAAUUCCUCCGGUGGGGUGUACAACACAAAGAAGUUCCUCUUCAAGAACAAUGGGGUACUCUUUGAGAAUGAACUCAUUCAGAUUGGCGUUAAGAGUGAAUUCAGGCAGAAUUUGGGACGUCUGGGGUUGUACUAUGGCAAUAAGACCCAGACGCCCCUCACGAACUUCUCCCCCGUGCUGCAGUGGCCACCGGAAUCGGCAGCGAGGUUGAGUGUGCAAAUAAAGGCGGUUGAACCGACCCUGGAGGCGGGGGCGCAGAUCCAGCAGCUCCUCAAUGCGGAGUGUGUGGAGGACUUUGAUGAUGCUCCGUCCAUUGAGUUGUCCUUCCGGCACAAUGGGGUCCCGCAGAAGGUCACCAUUAAGCUGCCACUUACGCUCAAUAAAUUCUUCGAGCCCACGGAGAUGAAUGGGGAGUCCUUCUUCGCAAGGUGGAAGAAUCUCGGAGGGGAAUCCCAACGAGCACAAAGAGUAUUCAAAGCACAACUUCCGCUGGAUCUACAAGCAGCUAGGACAAAACUAAUGGGCUUUGGGAUGCAAUUGCUCGAUAGCAUUGAUCCAAAUCCCGACAAUAUGGUGUGUGCAGGUAUAAUUCAUACGCAAACACAACAAGUGGGCUGUCUAUUGAGAUUGGAACCGAAUAAGCAGGCCCAGAUGUUCAGAUUGACCAUCAGAUCGAGCAAGGAGAGUGUUACAAAGGAAGUUUGUAAUUUGCUUGUUGACCAAUUUUAAGUUUGUGCGAUCAAAAAGACAUACUACUACAUAUGCCGCACGCGGGGAAACGUUAGACGUUUAAAUGUUAUUCUUUGUCCUGUUGUACUGUGUAUAUGUCAUUUCUGCGUAAAAAAAGAAAGAUUUAUAGAGAGAAAGAGCGAGGAAAUUGCGGCAAAGACGUAAAUAGAAAUUGCCACAAAAUGCCCAAGAUUUAUCCUCCAUGUUGGACAAAAAAAAAUAUAAGAGAUAAAUGGAUUGCGCCCCUUUCCCACAAACAUCUAUAAAGAAAUCCCAUUGAAAUGUCUUAUAAAAUGAAAAAAAACUAGACGACGUGUAAUGUAAAUGAAAAAAAAAAAUUGGAAGUAAUAAUCUCAAGAAGAGUAAUUUAUAUUAAGGUAAAUAUAUAUAAAAGAUUUAUCACACAUGAUGGUAAUAAAGAUGAAAUAUAUUAUUGCAAAUAUUUGAGAGAUCCUUAGGCGUAAAGUAAUUGAAAAGAAGUGAAGGAAUGAAAAAAGGGAAAUAAAAAGCAAAGAAAAGUAUUCAAAAUUAAUUUGUAAAGUCAAACCAUAUUAUUUUAAAUGCUAAUUUUCCGGAAGGGAGAUGAAAAAUGUAUGCAAAAUGAAAUUUUAGAGCAUACACUAUACAUAAUAUUGCUAACUAGUUAAAUGAAACCAGUUAAAUAAAUAAGAUAAACCAUAACUAUUGAAAAGAAAAAUAGUGUAAAAAACUCAUAGAGGCACCUUCAGAGCGAACUGCACGUGCAGAAUUUAUUCUUUUUUUAUUUCUAUUAUAUUUUUUUUGUACAUUUUUCGUUACAUUUAUAAAAUAUCGUUUAUAUCUGGAACUGAAUUCAUCCUUUCAAUUUCGAAUUUAUGUAUAUUUUUUUUUUGAGAGAUUAUCUCUUGAAUAAAAAGAAUAUAAUUUAUCUGUCACAUAACUUUAUUCAUCUUUGUGUACAUUUUGUAGUCGUUUUGCCACAAAAAGUUAAUUUUUGUGCGUUUUUAUUCCAUUUCAAAAUUAAAAAGCAUUUCCUCGAAGGAAAUGGCUAAGAAUAAGUUCAAAAAUUAACUUUAUGCAAGAAAAAUGCUUCUUGUUUCAUUGAAUAAAAAAAAAAUUUGAGGCAAAGAAAAUCACUCAAGAAAAUAUCGUAGAAUAAAACUACUAUUCCUGUUGGCAGUCAUACAUAAAUAUUGAGAAAUAUACUGCGAUAAAAUGUAUUACAGAAAAUUAUUAUAAGACAAUAUACAGAUAAAUCAAAUUAAA